UUUUUUUUUUUUGUUCCCGUCAUGUAUGUAGGUUAGGUAUGUACAUUAGACCUAAACAUCUUACAAUUGUUCUCUGCAGAUAUCUCAUACGUACAUAAUAAUCCAAGCCUCCCCUGCGUCACAUUGCACAUACGACACAUUUUAAAUUUUUUCUCCUCUCACUAUCUGUUCUCGACAAGUUGGGGUUGCACUAGAUAUCAAAGUAUCGAAGCAGUAAAAGGUAAUCUUGAUUCCUUCUGCCUUCUGCGGCCUAUUAGCUCUGUUCCGUCUAUAUAGGGCUGGUCUGCUCGCUUGGACUGGAUCCGCCCUCACCCCCCCCUAAACCGCGAAAUGAACCAAUAUUACUAGCUUCGGGCAGCUGACACAACCUUCGACGGAGUUGGACGGAUAGCCCCUUGCUCCACCUUGACAAUACAGACAGGCAUUCCCUUGGGUCUUUAGUACAUAACCGCAGUGUCGGUGCUUUGUAGCUUGUUCGAGUUCAGCUCUUGAAGUCUCCAAGACCGGGAACUUUUUCCCAACAAUAGCCUUGUCCGUCAUUUUACCUCUUCACGAUCGCGGCCCCCCGGAAGGAAAAAAAAAAAAAGGUCUUCUGUAGCCCCGCGCCUGUGUUGCGCCUCGAAUCCGUUCUCCCCGUUUCCUUCUUCCCUCUAAUACACCGCAACCUAUCGGGUUGCAAUAGCGCACACAAUGGCCACAGAGAAGCCGUCGGUACUCAUCAUCGGCGGGCUUGGUUAUAUCGGACGGUUCCUGGCCCGGUACAUACACGAGAACGAUCUCGCAUCCGAAUUUCGCUUAGUAGAUAAGGUAUUACCGCAACUCGCCUGGCUUGCGCCUGAGUUCGAGACUGCGUGCUCCUCAGACAAAUUCAUACAAGCAGACGCAAGUAAAGAACAAGCUUUGGCACGGAUAUUUGACCGGCCCGAUGGCAAACAAUGGGAUUAUGUUUUCAACUGCGGCGGCGAGACGAGAUAUUCCCAGGAAGAUGAAGUAUACAAAGUGCGGUCUCUAGGUCUGUCGUUAGCAGUUGGUAAAGAGGCGGCGAAGAGACGAGUGAAGUGCUUCGUAGAAUUGAGCACGGGUAUGGUAUACAAGGCGAAUUCGGCGCCGAGUAAAGAGACGGACAAGCUCAAGCCUUGGAGCAAGAUUGCCGUAUUCAAACUUCAGGCGGAGGAGGAGCUGGCCAAGAUUGAAGGCUUAAAUCUCGUUAUCGUACGCUUACCCCAUGUUUACGGCCCGUAUGCAUCUCAAUGGGUGGCGACGGCAUUGUGCAUGGCGCGCGUCUACCAAGCGAUGGGCGAGGACAUGAAAUUCCUAUGGACCAAGGACCUGUACACAAACACGGCACAUAUUGACGAUGUUACACGGGCUCUAUGGUCGGUUGCCGCCUGGUACGACGCUGGCAAGGCCAAUUGGGACGAGAAGAGCAUGGGCCCGACGCCGACGUUCAAUGUGGUAGACAAAGGAACGACAAAUCAGGGUACGAUCGCCGAGAUCAUUGGCCAAGUGUUCGGUAUCGAGACCGGAUUCCAAGGCCAGCUUCUAAGUAACCUCGCCCGUCUCAACAUGGACAGUGUUGUGGAUGAUGUCAACGACGAUGUUCUGGGACCUUGGGCAGACCUUCUCACCGAUGCUGGAAUAACGAGGCCGGGUCCGCUGACUCCCUUUAUGGAAAAGGAGCUGCUGAAGGAUACGGACCUCAGCAUGGACGGUAGCCGACUGGAGGCUGUAGUUGGAUUCCAGUACCAAAAACCAGUUAUCACGAAGGAGCUGGUGGAGGAAGUGAUUGAGAGCUACAAGAGGAUGAAGUGGUGGCCGUGAUUUGAGCAGCCCUAACAAGAGAAGCUCGAGAAAUAUAACCUUACAUACCCCCCCAAGACAUUAUUCACUCGCCUUUAAAAGGCGAGCAUGUAUAAGCAGCCGAACGGCUAUGGCGAUCCCAAAUCCUUCCAAGCCUGGGAAGGGGAAAAUCUGGUUGCCAGUGAUGACUCCAUGAUAACGGGUCGACGACGGAUUUGGAAUUGCAGGCGAUGGUAGGCUGUCGUCUCAAAAUAACUUCUUUUUUUUUUCGGUGUACAGGAGCAGAAGACAGGCGACACAAUUGUAUUGUAUGAGUAGGAUAUCCCCCUUUUUUUUUUCCCUCGUUCCCUUUCAUCAACAAAUCAUGUCCGUGUAUAAAAAUCCUAGGCGUAUGGGGGUUUCACCGUACUUAGAGCCGGGACAUAAUUCAUUCUAAUAAGAACUCAUUAGAGGCUUAGUUCUAAGCAAU